AUGUUUAGAAGGUUUUUCCACAAGUCUGUUAGAAGAGCGGUCAAUCCGCUUGUUGAGGAGGUUGAAAGGGCCGUGAAGGCCAAAUAUUCACCCCCAAAGACAACUAUGGGUUUGACGGUGGCCAAAGUUGCGAUCCCAGCACUGAUCUUGGUCACGGGCUAUGUCUCCUUCAACACGUACCAAUCAAAGCCGGCAUUUUUCCCACUGAUCUACUCCAACAAGGUGCCUUUCUACAGAUCGGAGGACCACAAGAUCAUUGACACAGACAAAUUGAAACAACACAGCAAAGAGGCCCUGCUUUCGAAGCUUUCCAUGAAUCGUACCAUCAGGGAAACAUUGGGAUUACCGUUGCAGCUGGGCGAUUUCGACAAGUUCGAUGUGAGCAUUGAGUAUGCAAACAAAGUGUUUGAAGGUGUGGAGCUCGACUUCACCAAAAGAUGGUUCCCGCCAGAGAUCAGAUGGACCCACAAACAGGUGAUUCCCAAGUUUAAGGAUAACCUCAACGGACUUCUGGAGCCGCUGACGCCAGACGGUGCGCUGGGACUCGAUUCUGUCGAGAACCACUACGGUGGCAACGUGCGAGAUUACAAUAUUAUUGUUUCUGGCGUGGUCGAGGCACGGUGUCCGUUGGACGGCGUUUCCGAUGAGGUCGACUCGGGACUCGCCCAGAUCGCGUUCCGCGGGAUCAUUGAGUUUGACCACAUAAAAACCAUCAAAACCGACAAGAUCGUGCUUUCUUACCGGUCGAACGGCCGCCCUGUUGAGCGUUCUGUCGACACCUGA